AGCCUAAGCUAAUAACAGGCUUUCUUGCCUCUGGUAAAAAACCACGCUUAGCAAGGUUCAAAGAGAGAGAGUAAAUAAGCAUUCGCGAGAGAAUAUUCUAAGGUCAGAACUAUAAACAAAUCAAACGCCUAAAGCUUACGCUUCCAUCGAUUCACACCAAACACUGAAAUCGCAGUUUUCAACUUUGUUCUUUAACAGUUCAUUCUUCUAAAACUUUUGUUAGUAAUUUGUUUUAUUCAUCGGCGAAGAUGCAUUCAAGUCACUUGCUUCUCGAGGAGCCCAUAAGGAUGGCUUCAAUCCUGGAGCCAUCAAAGGCUAGUUUUUUUCCAGCAAUGACGAAGAUUGUGGGAACCUUAGGUCCCAAGUCUCGAUCUAUUGAGGUUAUUUCUGGCUGCCUCAAGGCUGGAAUGUCUGUGGCUCGGUUCGAUUUUUCUUUGGGUGACCCGGAGUAUCACCAGGAGACACUGGAGAACUUGAAGGCAGCUGUUAAGAGUACUAAGAAGCUCUGUGCUGUAAUGCUUGAUACAGUGGGUCCUGAGUUGCAGGUUAUUAACAAAAGUGAGAAAUCCAUUUCACUCCUGGCAGAUGCUUUUGUUGUUUUAACACCAAAUCAGGAGAAAGAAGCCUCCUCAGAAGUAUUGCCCAUCAACUUUGAUGGGCUAUCCAAGGCAGUAAAUCCAGGAGACACCAUUUUUAUAGGUCAAUACCUAUUUACUGGAAGUGAAACUACAUCUGUGUGGCUUGAGGUUUCUGAGGUGAAGGGUGACGAUGUGGUCUGUGUCAUAAAGAACUCUGCAACUUUGGCAGGGUCAUUAUUCACUCUGCAUGCCUCUCAAAUUCGUAUUGACCUGCCUACCCUUUCUGAUAAAGAUAAAGAGGUUAUAAGUACCUGGGGAGUCCAAAACAAAAUUGACUUCCUCUCAUUGUCUUAUACUCGGCAUGCAGAAGAUGUGCGCCAGGCUCGUGAAUACCUCUCUAAGCUUGGUGACCUCUACCAGACUCAAAUUUUUGCAAAGAUUGAAAAUGUUGAGGGAUUAACCCAUUUUGAUGAGAUAUUGCAAGAAGCUGACGGCAUUAUCCUUUCCCGUGGGAAUUUGGGGAUAGACCUGCCUCCUGAGAAGGUGUUCUUGUUCCAGAAAGCAGCCCUUUACAAGUGCAACGUUGCUGGCAAGCCUGCAGUGGUUACUCGUGUUGUGGACAGUAUGACUGACAACCUGAGGCCAACUCGUGCAGAAGCAACUGAUGUUGCCAAUGCUGUGUUGGAUGGAAGUGAUGCAAUUCUUCUUGGUGCUGAGACUCUUCGUGGACUUUACCCUGUUGAAACUAUUUCUACUGUUGGUAAAAUAUGUGCUGAGGCAGAAAAGGUUUUUAAUCAAGACUUGUACUUCAAGAAAACUGUCAAAUUUGUUGGAGAGCCAAUGAGCCACUUGGAAUCUAUUGCUUCCUCCGCGGUACGAGCAGCUAUUAAAGUGAAGGCAUCUGUCAUUAUUUGCUUCACUUCAUCAGGAAGGGCUGCAAGAUUGAUUGCCAAGUAUAGGCCAACAAUGCCAGUUCUGUCUGUUGUCAUCCCUCGACUCAAGACAAAUCAACUGAGAUGGAGCUUCAGUGGGGCCUUUGAAGCAAGGCAAUCACUCAUUGUUAGAGGUCUCUUCCCUAUGCUUGCUGAUCCACGACAUCCUGCGGAAUCUACAAGUGCAACAAAUGAGUCGGUCUUAAAGGUAGCUCUUGAUCAUGGAAAGGCCUCUGGGGUUGUAAAACCGCGUGACAGAGUAGUUGUUUGCCAGAAACUUGGAGAUGCAUCCGUGGUGAAAAUUAUUGAGCUUGAAGAUUAAAGCCCCAUUUUCUGAGCUGUAACCACCUAUGAGGAAUCUCCAGGUCCAGGGUUUUGAGACCGACUUUUCAAAUAUUUAUGAAUGUAUAAGAAUGUACACCGAUAAUUAUUUUUGUCCACGAUGGUAGGCGUGGGAACUAGAAAGCAGAAUACGGUUCCUAUAUUUUUGUUUCGGUGGUUAUUUAAGUUGAUUGGCUCAAAAUGAUUCUGCAAAAUUUUCAC